CCUUGCAUUUCACUUUUUCGUUCUUCUCUACCAAUAUUUGUCUUACCUUUUUUCACUCUUUGUAACCCUAAGCAUAACUUGGAGAGAGAGAGAGAGAGAUAGAAAGAGUGUUACAGAUUGAUUAGAGCCAGAAAUUGAUGGAACAUGAUUUGUUUGAAACCAUGAAUGAUAUGGACCCUCUUUUGUCCGCCACCACCAUCAUUUUUCAAAGCCCUCUUUAUAUAUCAUUCAUAUAGUCAAUUAUCUAUACAUAUAUACACAUACAUAAUACAGUACUCUUUCAGUUUUCAAUCAAGCUGUCUUUUCAGAUUUAUGUUCAUCAACUUCUUCUUAAUUUCAGGCAUGGAGAUCGAUGCCAAUAAAAAUGAUGAGAAGGAUAUUAUUUAUUUAUAAUUUUAAAAAGUAAAAAGUUUCACUGUAAAAUAUAGAUUCCUUUGCUUUUGUUCUUUUUGGGGAAAAAUUAAGUAGUUGAUCAAUGGCUGGAAUGCUUCCUGGUGUUGAAUGUGCUCGUAGAAGGAGAUUCCAUCAAAGUGGUGGGUUAUCAGAUUCACCAGGUUUAGUUACUCAUGGAUGCACAAGGAGGUCAUCUUUUUGUCUAUACACUAGCAACCAUGAAACCCACCAUCAUGCUUCCACUUCCUUAUUGAAAAAUAGCAUAUCAAAACAAGCACACCCAGAUGAUGAUCAGCAACUAGGAGCAGAAGCAAGAGAAGCCAAAGUAAGAUUGGAUGAGAGGCUGAGAACACAGAGGAAAUCAGAACCCAAAAGGAAUAAUGGUAGAAAAGGGUUAAAGUGUGGAAAUGGAAGAUCUGUGGCAGUUCAGAAAGAGUUGCAGACAGAGGUGUACACUACAAAGAAAAAUGGCUCAAGGAAGUUCAGUUGGGCAAAGUUGAGCUGGAAAGCUUCAGAGCAAGACGAGUGUGCGGUUUGCCUGGACAUGUUCAGGACUGGUGAGACGCUGGUGCACCUGCCCUGUGCCCAUCGGUUCCAUUCUUGUUGUCUGGUUCCAUGGCUCGAGAACAAUGCCCACUGCCCUUGUUGCAGAUUGGGGCUGGUUAUCACCCACGUACACUAAAAUCUUAUUUUUGUUUUUGUUUUUGUUUUGCUUUUUGGUGUAAUGUUUUGCCAUCUGAAGAGAAAGCAUCAAUUUGCUUUCUGUGAACUAGGUUUUUCUAGUUGUGGUAUGCCUAGUCUGCUGAGUAUCUGCAAUUUGGUAGGUUCCCGUCAUCACAGAGCUCCAUUUGGGUUUAAAGUACAAUAGUUUCCAGAGAAUUUGGGUUUUUAUUUGGCCUUUAUAUAUAUAGAUGAAUAGUGGAUUUGGGUUAGAAAUGCGGUAAAUGUGUUUUUCAGUUUCAUAUAUGUUUUCAUAUCAGUCAGUAAUGGAUUUGUUUGUUUGGUUGCC